CUCCACUCCAUUUCUCCUCAACUCCUCGUCACUAUCGUACUUUACAACACAUCGUGUACAUUGGUUAACAACACGAUUGACUCUAAAUUUAGUUAAGUUUGUUGGGUUGGGAUUGUAAAUUGUUUGGCUGACUCUAAUGUCUCUUGUGCCAGAACAGAGGCAGAUUAAAAGUUUUAUUUUGCUUUUAUAUCGUUAAAAUAUAGUGGUUUCUGUUAAAACUAGUGCAGAGAUAUCUUUUCUGACGAUCAGACUCACAAAGAUAAGCAAUAACGCAAUCCUGGGAAAAACGGAGUGGAUCAGUUUGACGUGAGAAUUUCAGUCAAACUUUCAACUAGUCUGGAUCUAUGAACCCCAAGGGCCAAGAGGACCCUGGAGAAGAUCUCGCUUCCAGGGUAGGAGCUGAGAGCCCUUGCAGUGACAUGAAGAGAGCAGCCGCCAAGAAGUUAAUCGAACGUUAUUUCUAUCAGUUAACGGAUGGAUGUGGUAAUCCACAAUGCGAUAAUCAAAAUUGUGCUUCUAGUGGAAAGGUAACGAAUUUAACUCCAAAUCAGGCAGCCGCCCAGGCAAUCCAGCUAUUCUCACAGGAGGCACGUCUUUGCGACGGCACGCAGCCCAGCAAAGUUCCCCGGACCUCCCUGGAGUCUGGCCCAGCGUCCUUAGCAAAAAGCUUACCACCGAAAAGCAUGAAUCCAUCGUGCUCAGUAGAAGGUACGAAAAAAACCUCAGUCCAAGUACCUUCCCUACGACCCACAGCAUCUCCACGAACUCCCAGUGAUUGUGAGAAUGGCCUAAUGAUUCAGAGUUCCUCAGGCAAACAAGUACCUUACCUCACCGAGGCAAAGCUCCUGGAUAUAAUAGAGCGAUGUAAAUCCGAGGGAAACUACUCAUUGCUAAUUCGUACCUUGGGUGAGGUAUUCUCCUCGGCGGAGGCUCUGAGUAAAAGUUUUCAGAAGAGUGAAAAGAGUGAUUCUCCUCUGUCAGCUCUUCUGGAUCGUGCUCCAGUGUCUCUCUUGGGGCCCCCAAGUGAUCUGAAUAAAGAGGCAGUUAGAGCACUGCAGGGGGAGGACAAAGAGGUCGACAGUAGUGAUCCCUCCCCUUCGAUUCCCCAUCCCGACGACACGAGUGUCGAUAUUGAAGCUGUGAGGAGAUCCUUCACAGCGCUGUGGUCAAUAUCUGGCGAAGAGUUUGAGUCUGCCCUAGUCAAUGCCCUGGUGACUCUCGCCGACAACAUUGAACUGGACUUGAGGGUUUUCGGAAUUAUGCCCUCAGACAGCACAGACACACUCCUCAAUGUAUUUCUAAUUGUCUUCGAGAUCCCAGUGCUAGGAAGCAGUGACUACCUGGAAUAUGCCCUCCACAUGCUUUGUAAGGCCGCGAGUUGUCUUCCCAUCUCCGCACAAGCGAAAUUAUCAAGAGUCUGGGCUAGGCACUGCAAGACAAGGCUCCCGAGACUUCUUCAAACCCUACAGCAAUUGAUAACUGUCAAAAUGAUCGCCGGAUCUUUCACCAGAGACUACUGCGUUCAAGAUGCUGAUACCAUCACAGCCCCCACCAAAGUUAUGAAGAUCCUGUAUUAUGCAAGCAUGCUAUCUGGAGAACUGGAUUCUCCAGAGUUCUGUCAAGACGAGGAUAUUGAACCCAUUGGAAUUGACAAAUCUGAUCGAGUCCCUCCGGCUGCCCCGCCCCCUCAAGACCCACUCGCCGUUGAACUUGGACUAUCUGCUCUGGAUGCACGACGUCCCUACAUCGACUUCACUGAUUUUUAUAACGAAUUACUCAGUGAAAUGGUGGAAAUGGACAAAGACUUUGCCUAUUAUAAGAGCGAGCAACCAAAGAAAUUUAGUUUCAUGAAUUACGCCUUUAUUCUCACACCAGCUACCAAAACACUUGGCCUGUACUAUGACAACAGGAUACGCAUGUACAGUGAGAGGAGAAUGAGCUUCUUUCAAUCGUACGUUGGACAACCGACAAAUCCUUACUUGAGGCUUAAAGUCAGGAGGGAUUUUCUCAUUGACGAUGCACUUGUUGAACUGGAAAUGGUGGCAAUGGAGAAUCCAACCGAUUUGAAAAAACAACUCGUUGUGGAGUUUGAGGGUGAGCAAGGGGUCGAUGAAGGAGGAGUGUCCAAAGAAUUUUUUCAAUUAGUCGUUGAAGAAAUUUUCAAUCCCGAUUAUGGAAUGUUCACGACACAGGAAGAAACACAAACAACUUGGUUUAAUCCCACUUCCUUUGAGAGUGAUGCCCAGUUUACGUUAAUUGGUGUUGUACUUGGUCUUGCUAUUUAUAAUAAUGUUAUUCUUGAUGUGCGUUUUCCCAUGGUUGUUUAUCGUAAAUUAUUGGGAAGAAAGGGGAGUUUUGCAGACCUUGAGGACUGGAGCCCAACGCUCUAUAGAACGUUGACAGAAAUGCUAGCUUACGUAGGAGAUGAUAUGCCUGAUACUUUUAUGCAGACUUUCAAAGUCGGGUAUAAGGAUGUUUUUGGCUCUGUGCUAUAUCAUGAACUGAGAGAGAAUGGAGAUGAAGUUUACGUAACGCAGGAGAAUAAAAGAGAAUUUGUCGAUCUUUAUGCGGAUUUUCUGCUUAAUCGAUCGGUUGAGAGGCAGUUCAAGGCCUUCAGGCGGGGGUUCCAGAUGGUCACUGAUGAGAGCCCCUUGGCUCUCUUGUUCAGACCUGAGGAAAUUGAACAGCUCGUUUGUGGAAGCAAAGUCUUUGACUUUACAGAACUUGAGGCUGCUACCGAGUACGAUGGGUAUACAGUGGAUAGCGAUGCAGUGAAGAAUUUCUGGAGAGUUGCUCACGCCUUGCCAUUAGAGAGUCAGAGGAGACUGUUACAGUUUACAACGGGAAGUGAUCGAGUGCCAGUUGGAGGAUUAUCCAGAUUGAAGAUGGUUAUUUCGAGACAUGGUCCUGAUUCUGACAGAUUGCCCAUUGCUCACACAUGCUUCAACACACUUCUUCUUCCGGAUUAUUCAUCACUGGAGAAGCUCGAAGAUCGUUUAUUGAAAGCCAUCAACUACUCCAAAGGCUUUGGAAUGCUGUGAGGAAGAAACGUUUUGAAAAAUGCUGCAACCUCAAACGUUACAAUCUCUAGCCUCUGAAACUAGUGAAAGAUUUAAACUAAGGACUGGAGAGGUAUGAACUCUUUAUUUUCAUAACAUGAACAAUCAAUCUGGCCUACGUUUCAUCAUGAAUGCGCGAAGAUUAAACGAAUGGAGAAGUUAGGACUUUCGUGAUUAGUGUAAUAAAACGGAAUAUCAAAAAAUCAUGAAGCCUUUCGUAUCCUCGUUCAAAAAAUUUCCCAAUCCAUUUUUCACAGGUUUUCAGCCUCUUAGAGCAGCUUUAAGUGGACCUAUCCAUGUCCCAAUGAAUCGCGUGAAAAAUACAAGAGAAGUAUGUGCUAAUUGUGCGCGAACAAUUGCGUGAAUUGUCCAAGAGUGAAAAAAAAAAAAUUAUAUCAUGGCUGUUAUGAGAAAAAAAAACUUUAUUUUCCAUUAUGUUUGAUUUUUACAAGCAAACAUACAUGUACACAUUAUCCUUCGUCGUAAUUAUAUUGCAAAUACAAGAUGAAAUGAAGAUUAAUAGAUCAAGUGAGAUUUCACGAUAUCUUUGUAAAAAUACAAAUUUGUAAUCAUGAUACGGUAAUAAUAAUUGAUAAUGAAGAAAGGACGAAAACAAUUAUUUCCCAUCUUGUCACUGAAUUUUCAGGAUAUUUCCGAGUAAAUUCUUAAAAUAUUAAUCAACAAUUCAUAGAAUUCCAUGGUAUUUCAAUAAUUUUUUGUAUCAUUCAUGAGUGGGAAAGUUUUGCGCAUCUUCAAUAUGAAUGGUGUAAUUUAAAAUCACCCUAACGAUCAUUCGACUCAACUUACCCGAUGAAUUCAGAAAAUUGUGGAUAUUUUUAGUUCAGACUCCAUUAGAAUUUAUUGAUUUAAAAAUUUUUAUGUAAUCAAGACUUUGUGGCGAUAUUCAAUGGUGAAGUAUAAAAAUUUUAAUGACAAAUUAUAAAAUAGUGGCGUUUGUUAAAAAUGUAUAAAAUUUUUUAUAAAAUUCUCUAAAAUUUAGAUGGAUUUUUCCAUCGAUCAUUGGACGGAUUGAUUUCACGUUACAUUAAUCUCGGUAUUAAUUAAAUGGA